UGUGUGUGUGUGAUAAUUAGAUUUGAUGAUUAAAACAAGGUGGGCCAAAAAAAAAAAUAAUAAUAAUUUGAGCAGGGGGUAAAUCAUAACAUCAACACGGCACUGUGUAGUAUACAAAAUAUAUAUAUAUAUAUAUUUAUAUGUAAUGAAAGCCGACGGCGUUCGUGACGUCACAACCCCACCAAAACGAAGGACUGGGGCGCGCUCGAACCGGAAGCGAGGUGCAAUCCUUCGCGGUAAAAGCGGUCCGAGCGCUCAAAUAUCCGAGGCGCAGUCGUGCUCCGCGCUCUUACUUCGACAGCAGCAAAAGCGGAUGCGACUUGACCGACGCCGACCGCGACGCCGCGGAUCCGUUCGGUCGGUUGCGAGCACGAAGAUGAGCCGCCGGGUCGGAUGGUCGCACCUGCCGGGCGCGUGCCCGUGAGCGGGGAUGGGGCUGCGCGUGCGCGCCGCUCCUUGAGCUCCGGUCCGGAAGAGUCUUCGUGGCUGAGCCGGAUCGCGGCGGAACUGGACGCCCGGCACGCGCGCGUGCCCGAGCGGGAGCUGCGCGCGCUCCUGUUCCGCGCGGCCCGUCCGGAGCCGCGCUUUCCCGCCACGCCGUUCCGGGAGGAGAUGCGCGCGGCCGGCGACCACGCGCGUUCCGAGAGGUCGGACGAACGGCGCCGCUUGCCCCGAUGCUCGCCCCCGUCCCCGCCGGGAGCCCCCUGCCCGCGCGUCUUCCGCAAGAUGGCCGCCCUCGGCCCGCAGGCGGCGGCGUCCGAUUGCCAUCGGGGGAUCUCGGGGUCCGAGUCUUACCGUCCCAGGCCGGCCCCCUUCUUCAACCGCAGCUUCGAGGCGGCGUACGGAAACCCGUAUCGGGCGCCGCCCCUCCACGAGCGGCGCCGCGUCAAGCACGAAAGUCUGGACGACCUCCAGGCGUCCACGUACUUCGGGCCCACCACCGUGAGCGCCGGCGUGGGCGGCCACGGCGGGACGCGGGCAGCGUGGCCCGUCGACACCCUCAGCUUCGACGUGGAGGACGAGCGAGUUCACUCCCGCCGCAACGGCGAGAGCCGCUUCCGUAGCCCCCGGCGGGCGGCGGAGGCGGCCGCGGUGUCGCCUCACCCCGGCGGCCUCGAAGCCGGGGAGUCGGCCCGACGUUUGCGGGCCAGGCGCGCCGACGGCCCGUCUUUCCGCGACGCCUCGGCGAGCGUGGGGAGCCGGGCGGAGGGCGGCGUGAAGAAGGGGCCGGCGGAGACGGCGCGCGCCGCCUGCGAGGCCUCGGACCAGGCCGAGCUGAUCGCCGACGACAUCAGCGACAUCUUCCGCUUCCUGGAUGAGAUGAGCGUGUGCGACUCGCUGGGCGCGGCGCCGUCGUCCCGCUACGACAGCGGCCCCUCGCUCGGGUCCGACAGCGGCGACAGUUUGCCGGAGCGCGCCACGGUCCGGCUGGCCCGCUCGCAGCCGGACCGCCUCCUGCGCUCGCUGGACAGCGCCGACGGCGAGCUGAGGGUGAGCGUCGGCGAGCUGGUGGCCAGGAUGGGCGACAUCGAGAAGAAGUUGGAGUCGCUGUCGGGCGUCCGCGGCGAGAUCUCGCAGGUCCUCCGUAAACUCAACAAGCUGGACCAGAAGAUCCGGGAGCCGGACGCCGCAGACGGCGGCGCUAGGCACCGGGACGCGCCCGAGUCCUCCCCGCCGGAAGGCUCGCGCGGGGCCGCCGCCUCGCCGCACGCCUUCCGCUGCCGCACGCUCCCCGCCGCCGACGGUCCGAGGGCGGAGGCGCCGAAGAAGACCGGGUUCACCCGGAGGUCGUCGCGCUCGCUCGACGACGACGCGGGCGCCGCGUCCCCGCCGCCCGGGAACUGGAGGACGCGGUCGUACUUGUGCCGUCGCGCCGACGACAACACGGGAGACGGAAUGUGUCGCGCCAAUCAGGCAUCGGCGCGGGCGCGUCAAUACGACUUCCCCCCGACGCCGCGCCCCCCCAAGGCGGCCGCCGCGUCGUACGUGCCGGACCGCCGCUCGAGGCCGCCGCCGCACGCCGACGGAAGCCCGCUCUAUUCCAACGUGCCAUCUCGGAAGGCGGAGCGGUACAAACCCAAAGCGGGAGACGACGCCAUCGACGUACAGGCAGAGUGUGUGCCUGCAAGUAGCAAGCUCGCCUUCUGGUUGGAGGACGUUUACACGCCGGGAUACGAUUCGCUGCUAAAGCGUCGGGAGGCCGACUUCCGCAGAGCCAAAGCGUGCAAGAUGGCCGCUCUGAUCGCCGCCACGUUCAGCGUCAUCCUGGUCAUCGUGGUGCCCAUCUGCACCAUGAAGACGUGAGCUAGCCCGUGCUACCAGGAAGUAGUCAUCUACUUCACAAAGACGUGAGCUAGCCGGCUAGCUGAUGCUUACAGGGAGUAGCCGGCUGCACCAUGAAGACAUUAGCUAGCUGAUGCUUACAGGGAGUAGCCGGCUGCACCAUGAAAACGUGAGCUAGCUAAUGCUAAUAGGAAGUAGCUAGCUACACCGCAAAGAUGUGAGCUAGCUAACUAGCUGAUGCUAACAGGACAGCUGCACCUUGAAGACAUUAGCUAGCUGAUGCUAACAGGAAGUAGCUAUCCAUAGCGUGAAGACGUGAGCUAGCCGGUUAGCUGAUGCCAACAGGAAGUCGAUUAGCUGUCAAUCAAGCACAUGUGUAGCAGUGUAGCGUUACACAUAGCCUGGGACUCUGAUCAUGUGGAACAUACUGUACUAGACUCCGCCUCUCAGAGGGCCACGUGGAGAGGGUGGCUUCUGAUUGGGCGAACCUGAAUGUCAUAUUUACUGCACACGAACGUCCCAAUAAGACAACAUGACAAGAAAGAAAUGUCCGAACCUUCCUAUUAACCCUAACAGUUGUUUAAAACCGUAAUGAUGCCUUGAGACCCCAAUUUGAAAUCUGCGAGUUUGUGCUUCAAGAUAGAAUGAAGGAUUCGGGUUUUACCAGUGUUUGGAACUUCGCGUCACCUCUCGGGGGGGGGAAGGUAUCAAUUUUUUUAUUUUUGGGGGGUUGGGCGCGUAACGGACGUGUUUGAAGUCCUACUUUCAAAAAGUUAUGGAUGAGUUUAAAUUUUUGCCCCUAAUGGUAAAGACAAUCAAGCGCGAGAUACACAAAGUUUUGGCAUUGAAAGGGUGGAAAACAUUUGCUUUGCAAUCAUAACAACUGCUAAUAAUAAUGCAAAUAGUCAAAUGAAUUGAUUAUUAUUAUUUUUUUUUUAUGUCUAUCGAUUUAAUUGAGCAAAUGAUAUGAAAAUGAAGACAGAAGAAUUGUACAACGUGACCUUGACGGAAUGUUCCACAAUAAAAGUUGGUUGUGGCGUUGUCAUGACAACAA